CAGUGAAACUGUCCUGCAAAGACCACUUCUCCAUUUCAGGAAUAUCAGUGGUUGCAGCGCUGCUGCACGUGAUGCACAUCGGUAAAACAAGCGUGAAUGGACAGAGUUCUGAUAUGUAGGUUAAGGGAUUUUUGGGCUGAGUCAGCAGUUUCUUUAAGAGGUGGAGUUUUAUUUUACUUCUGUUUCAUAUAAGAAGGGAUUGAGUCAAAAAUAUUCUUCAUCCCGUAUAAAAAGCUACAGAGAGGUCACAUGGGAUGGCCGUUUUGCUGAGCCACAGCAACCCACUGUAUGAGUUAGACAUGAAGCUGAACAAGGCCGACCACUUUGAGAUUGAGAACAAUGAUUUUUCAAGGAAAAAGACCAAGAAUGGGCACAAGUGCCUGAAUGUGAUAACUGUGUAUCUCAUUCUGCUGACUGGAUUCAUUGCAUUUCUAAGCUACAAAGUCUUUGACUUGCAAGAUAAAAUCCACGACAAAGCAGGUCAAUUGAGCAAGGCCACAGCUGAUGCACUGCAGUCGUCACCCAAUGAGAUUCUUCCUCCUGAGGAGGAUCAACAGAACCUCCUCACCCUAGUGAGGAACACCAGUCUGGAGGCAUCAACUCUGCGUGAGGAUGUGGGCAAGUUGAAGGUCCGCAUUGCUGAUGUGUGUGAAGGGCCAGGAGGUCUGAACAUGCUAAGACAAGAGUUGAACAUGACCAGCCACCUGCUGCAGACCCGUCUAGACAACCUGAGCCUCACACCAGGUCCUCGAGGUGAGAAGGGUGAUCAAGGUAUUAAAGGGAAUGAAGGGCGUCCAGGAACUACGGGCAUGAAGGGAGACAAGGGACAGCAGGGGAUCACAGGCGCACCUGGAAGCAUGGGACCUAAGGGAAAUGUAGGAGUUGCAGGUCCUCGAGGUGAGAAGGGAAACCAAGGUACCAAAGGGGAUCAAGGGCUCCAGGGAGCUCCAGGCAUGAAGGGAGAUAAGGGACAACAGGGGAGCACAGGUUCAUCUGGACCCAUGGGUCUUAAAGGAGAUGCAGGAGUUGCAGGUACCCAAGGACAAAAAGGAGAUCAAGGUGCCCAAGGGAGUAAGGGACUCCAAGGAGCUCCAGGCAUGAAGGGAGAAAAAGGACUGCAGGGAAGUCCAGGCAUGAAAGGAGAUCGAGGUGAACAAGGACUACGCGGAGAGCAGGGAGCCAAAGGGCAACAGGGUGCUCAAGGCAACAGGGGCAUCCAAGGCACACAAGGGGAGAGAGGGUUUAAAGGGCAGAAAGGAGAGCAAGGGCAGAAAGGAGAGCGUGGAAUUAGUACAAGUCUUGUGAGGAUUGCUGGUGGAGGAUCUCGAGGGCGUGUCGAAGUGUUUCACCAGGGCGAAUGGGGCACUGUAUGCGACGAUAGCUUUGACGUUACUGAUGGAGGGGUCAUUUGCCGCAUGUUGGGCUUCCAAAGAGCUACUUCAGUCUUUACUUCCACUGCAGGAACUGGAAGAAUCUGGCUGGAUGACUUAAAGUGCACUGGGCAAGAACGCAGUAUCUUCGAGUGCCCGCAUAGAGGCCUGGGAGUUCAAGACUGCUCCCACAGUGAAGAUGCUGGUGUGGCAUGUAUCUAAUCUGUCUUUG